AUGUGGUUGGCCGAUGGCCGUAUGUGGUUGGCCGAUGGCCUUGUAUGGUUGGCCGAUGGCCAUGUAUGGGCGGCCGAUGGCCUAGUGUGUCUGCAUGGCCGAUGGCCUAAUGGUAACCAGGACAACAUGUUAUCUUUAACAGACAUUACGAUGGAUUCUCAUGAAAACAAAGUGAAUGCUUUUACCUUAGUGCUAAAGAGCUCAAAAACAGAUCCUUUUCGUCAAGGAAUUAGUAUCAGGAUCUUCAAAUCUGGUAAUGUCGUUUGCCCCGUCAACUCAAUGGUGGAAUAUCUCAAGAUUCGCAAAACCUGGACUAAUGGCAGAGAAUCCCCUGCACUUUUCAUUGAAGAAUGCGGAACUCCACUAACGAGAAACUCCUUCGUCAGUAAACUUAAACAAUUACUUCACUCGCUAGGAUACAAGGAUGAAAAGUACAAUGGGCAUUCCUUCAGAAUUGGGGCAGCAACAUCCGCAGCAUCCGGUAACGUGGAGGAUCACAUGAUUAAAGCUUUGGGACGAUGGAGGUCUGACUGCUACAACCGAUACAUUCGUACUGACGACGACACAUUGUCCCGUGCUCAACAGGCAAUGUGCAACAAGUGA